AUGAACCAAGAAGAACAGCUGGUUGGUGUAAUUGAUGCCGGUACUAGAACCGUAAAGUUUUGCGUUUUUGUUAGUCAGCACAAUAAGGAAAUUGCUGAGUAUGCUAUUGAUUUGGAACCCAUAACGCCUCAGGAGGGAUGGUCAGAACAAGAUCCAUUGAAAAUCUUAGAAGCGGUCAAAUUGUGUAUGCACAAGGUUGUCGAUAUUUUAGGACCAAAAAAGGCAAAAACAAUCCGUACAAUUGGCAUAACAAAUCAAAGGGAAACGACAAUAGUUUGGGACAAAACGACCGCUAAACCUUUGUACAAUGCAAUUGUUUGGAAUGAUAUUAGAACCGACUCAACUGUAGACGUAAUCCUAGCCAAAAUCCCCGAAAACAAUAAAAACCACUUCAAAUCGAUUUGCGGUCUUCCAAUUUCGCCUUAUUUUAGCGCCUUCAAGUUGAAAUGGCUGAUUCACCACGUGCCUGCAGUACGCAAAGCUAUCAAAGACAAAAAAUGCCUUUUUGGAACUGUCGAUACUUGGAUACUUUGGAACCUUACAGGUGGUUCAAAUAAUGGUAAACACUUGACUGAUGUUACAAAUGCCUCUAGAACAUUCCUGAUGAACAUCGAAACGCUUUAUUGGGACGCCCAGCUUUGCAGCACUUUUAAAAUACCUCAAAACAUCCUGCCAGAUAUUCGUAGUAGUUCAGAAAUCUAUGGCAAAGUCAGUCAAGGAUGGCCCUUGACUGAUGUAACUAUUUCAGGAAUUUUAGGCAAUCAACAGUCGGCCCUUUUGGGUCAGAGUUGUUUUAAAGAGGGCAUGGCCAAAAACACUUACAGGAGCGGUUGCUUUUUGCUUUACAAUACGGGCACUAGUCGAGUGCAAUCCUCGCACGGAUUAGUGACCACUGUGGCCUACAAACUUGGAGAAAAUCCCGCUAUUUAUGCCCUUGAAGGUAGUGUGGCUGUAGCAGGUGCAGCAAUGAAAUGGCUCAGAGACAAUAUGGGCUUUAUAAAAAAUAUCGACGAAGAAACUGAAUCAAUGGCCAAAGAAGUCUUCAGCACAGGAGACGUUUACUUUGUGCCUGCCUUCAAAGGUCUCUAUGCCCCUUAUUGGCGAAAAGAUGCUCGAGGAAUUAUUUGUGGCUUGACAGCAUUUUCAACUAAACAGCACAUCAUCAGGGCAGCUCUGGAAGCUGUUUGUUUCCAAACUAGAGACAUUCUUGAGGCUAUGAAUCAAGAUUGCGGAAUACCUUUGACCAAGCUUCACGUUGAUGGAAUAAUGACUACAAAUAAUUUAUUAAUGCAACUCCAGGCUGAUAUAAGUGGUAUUCCGGUUAUUAGAGCUCACUCGCAAGACAUAACGGCCUUAGGGGUGGCAAUGGCUGCCGGUAUGGCCAAAGGGGUGGAAAUUUGGGAUAUGAAUUCUGAGGAAAGAGAACUGGUUCCUAUUGAUACGUUUUUGCCAACUUCUACUGAAGAUGAGAGAGAUACAAGGUAUACUAAAUGGAAAAUGGCUGUGCAAAGGUCUUUGGGAUGGGUGUCGCCUAGAAAAUCUGCAAUCAUGACAGAGGAACGGUACCAACUUUUAGCAAGUAUACCAGGCAGUCUUUAUACGAUAUUAAGUUUUGGAUUAUUGGUACUAUCCAAAUAUUUGGACAAUGUAGAUUAA